AUGCCGCCGCGUCUCGCGUUCCCCCGCACUGUUCAAGCUCGGCCCGUGUUGAGUUUGCGCAUCCGAGUGGCCCGGUUCAGCACCGAGGCCGACGAUGCGGUGCUCAAGAUCCAACAGGUCCCUGCGCCGGGGUCGGGGAACAUUCGCGUUUUACUCCUUAACCGGCCCAAGGCCCGUAAUGCACUGUCGCGGGGUCUCGUCGAUAGCCUGGCGAAGCAGGUCCAGUCGAUUGCCGCCGAGGGCGGCUCGGGCCCAACCCGGGCGCUGGUCAUUGGCAGCAACACGGAUUCGGCAUUUUGUGCGGGCGCGGAUCUGAAGGAGCGCGUGAAGAUGACCCAGAACGAGACGAGCGAAUUCCUCACCCGACUCCGCGGCACAUUCACGGAACUCGCCACCCUCCCCAUCCCGACCAUCUCGGCUGUGUCAUCGACCGCGCUCGGGGGCGGCCUGGAGCUCGCCCUGUGCACGCACCUGCGCGUGUUCGGGUCGUCCAGCAUCGUCGGGCUGCCGGAGACGCGACUGGCGAUCAUCCCCGGGGCGGGAGGCACGUACCGGCUGCCGGGCGUGAUCGGGCUGAACCGGGCGCGCGACAUGAUCUUGACGGGACGACGGGUGUCCGGGCCAGAGUCGUACUUUAUGGGGCUCUGCGACCGGCUGGUGGAGAUCCUGCCGGAGGAGGAGCAGAAGGAGGGCCGGGCGCGCGAGAAGGUGCUGCAGGAGAGCAUCAAGCUGGCGUUGGAUAUCUGCGAGGGCGGACCGGUGGCAAUUACGCAGGCGCUGCGGGCGGUCAAUGGGAGCUGGCGCGGCGAGGCGGCGGAGAAUGAAGCGUAUGAGGGGGUGAUGGUCACGGAGGACCGGGUGGAGGCACUCCGGGCAUUUGCUGAAAAGAGGAAGCCUGCGUUCCGGGGGCGAUGA